AUGCCCGCCUACUGGAAAAACACAUUUUCCAGCGGGGUGGAAUUUGGGACCGUAGAACACUGGGCGUCACACGGUGGCCCAGGGAGGAAGGCGCACCGCGAACACACAUUUACACAAGAAAGGAGAAACUUACCCCGUCCAGCCGGACCUUCCCUUCACUCCCUGCUGUCCGCGGCUGCUCCCGCUCCUGCUUCCGCUUCCGGAAAAAAGGCGCCUGCCGAGCGCCAGGGGCGGGGCUUCCGGGCGGGGCCUGCGCUGAGCGCUGCGGGCCGGAGGGUCCGGGGCGGGGGUGGCGGGGGAGGAGGGAGACCAGAUGUGCGCGGGGGCGAGGGGCCCCGGCGCUGGCCGGGGAGCGCGCUUCUGCGGACUUUGAAACUGCUUUUGUUUGUUUUUCUUUCUUUCUUUCUUUUUUUUCCCCGCCGCACCUGCGGCAUAUGGAAAUUCCCGCUCGGGGGCAGGGCGAAUAAGAGCCGCAGCUGCGACCUACACCACAGCUGCGGCCGUGGGAGCCUUCCCCCCGCUGCGCCUGGCGGGCAGCCCAGGCAGCCUCGGAGAACAGCGACUCCCGGGCCCACUGCGCCUGGCCCGGGUCCCGCGCUGCGGCAGAGCCAGCCGGGAUCCUUGCCUCGGCGGCGCCGCCGCACAACUCCUGCCACGGCUGCUUUUAAGAUAUAUGCCCAGGAGUGGGGCUGCUGGAACAUAGGGUACCUCUGUUGCUGUGUCCCGCGCCACAGCAUCACCUCCAGCCAGUGCACUGACAAGGCUGGGUCCUCAGUGCUGGCCCACAAGGGCACUCCCUGUUGUUAGUUUAAGUAACCUCCGUUCUCUUUUCCGUAAUGGCUGCAUUCCUUCCAAGAGCACAGAAGGAUGCCCUUUUCUCCACACCCUUUCCAGCACUGACUACUUGUGGACGUUUUGAUGAUGGUCACUGUGAGAGAGGUGAGGUGAUACCUCGUUGGGGUUUUCAUUUUCGUUUCCCUAGUAACUGGUGAUGUUGAGCAUCUUUUCACGUGCCUAUAGGCCAUCUGUGUGUCUUCUCUGCAGUUACGUCUGUUUAGGUGCUCUGCCCAUGUGUUGACCAGGCUGCUUGCUUUUUUUAUAUCAAGUCGUAUGAAACGUUUAUAUGUUUGGGAGAUUAAGCCCUUUGCAGUCGCAUCGUUUGCAGAUAUUUUCUCCCAGUCCAAAGGUUGCCCUUUUUUUGGUCUUUUUUAGGGCUGCAGCCAGGGCAGGCGGAGGUUCCCAGG